UCGCUUUUUAAAUUGUUUAUUUCCUUGUGUUUCUACAUUUGAAAUCAUUCCUAAAAGUGGACAUAUAGGGAGGGAUGUUGGAUGAACGAGAGCAGCGACAGGUGUCAGGAAGAUGGAGGGGAUGAUGAGUGAGUUAGAUUGUCUGUUUGAGUCUAUAUGAUCAGGCUUGUACAAAGCUUGACUUCCGCUCCAGUGAAAAAGGAGUCAGCGAUGGCCAUGACAUGCGGGCAGGGAGGACAGACGGGGCCUGUAAGGAGCCCAGACUUCAGGCUGAAGCUGAGAUUGCAGGUUUAGGGUGGAAGACAAACCAAAGUAUGUCCUAAUACUCCAGCUUUAACACAUGAACUCCAAAGCAACGCAGCUUACAGAGGAAACAACCUGCACCCGACAACAUGCGCUGAAGAAAAGGAAAUAACAGCAGCACGGUCAAAAUCUCUGAGAUGUGCGGCACCUCUACAAAGUCAGUGUCACAUUAACCGACUCGGGCGACACAUCCAGCAGCCAGCAGCGGACAGUCAGACAGUCAGUGAGUCUGACGGUCAACAAACAAAGCAGCUCAGGCCGGUCUGAAUGUGAGGUGAAACAGCAAGACAGGAAACGAUGCGGAGAAAUCGGAGAAAAGGUGGGAACAAAGAGAAGGUGUUUGGAUGUGAUCUGCUGGAGCACCUGACAGCCACCUCUCAAGAGAUUCCUCAGGUCUUGCGAUGCUGCAGUGAGUUUGUUGAGCAUCAUGGAAUCGUGGACGGGAUCUACAGAUUAUCUGGAGUAUCGUCCAACAUACAGAAACUGAGGAAUGAGUUUGAGAACGACGCGAAUCCAGAUCUGAACAAAGAUGUCUACCUGCAGGACAUCCACUGUGUCAGCUCUCUGUGUAAAGCGUAUUUCAGAGAGCUGCCGAACCCUCUGCUCACAUACCAGCUCUACGACAAGUUUGCUGAGGCUGUGGCCAUCCAGCUGGAGGAGGAGAGGCUGGUGAAAAUCAAAGAUGUGCUGAAAGAACUACCAAGUCAACAUUACAGGACUUUGGAGUUUUUGAUGUGCCAUCUUGUCAAAAUGGCCUCGUUCUCCUCCGAGACCAACAUGCACGCCAGGAACCUGGCCAUCGUCUGGGCUCCUAAUCUGCUCAGGUCAAAGGACAUUGAGGCUACAGGGUUUAACGGCACAGCUGCCUUCAUGGAGGUCAGAGUCCAGUCCAUCGUGGUGGAGUUCAUCCUCACACACGUCUCUCAGCUGUUUCCUGAACAAGGUGUAUCAUCUGAAAGAAGAAACUCCCUCCCUUCUCCUUCAGCGAUGCCCAUUCAGGCGGAAGGUCUUUUCAAGUCCAUUCCCACUCAUCCUCACGCCAACUAUGGAAACCUCAGCCCGGGAGAUGGUCCUCUUCCUAUACGACCUUACCACGCUAUAAUAGAGGGCACUGACAAGAGGAAAGGAUCCCUCAAGGGAAGGAAGUGGAUGUCCAUCUUCAACAUCGGAGGACGAUUCCCCGACCCAAGGCGAAGGCACAAACACUCAGCUAAAGAGAAAGAACGACCUACUUUGAGACCAGCAAGAAGCAUGGAUUCCCUCAGCUCCCCGUGCUUUCCAGAAGGUGCAAGACAUCCUUCCCAACGCCCUCCUUCCACCAACAUGUCUCCCCUCGUGGCCCCGUCCACCCAGUCUGGCUCAGAGGCUCCGGCACCUACUGGUGCGAUGGGUGGCAGUGAAUAUGCUGUGACCUACCGCAGGGGAACAGGACUAGUAAGCGGGGGUGCGGGGGUCCAGGGCACCUAUACUGCCCUUGACCCUGAAGGUUUAGGGCUCACAAGCAACGAUGUUGUCCAGUCCAGAUCUCCGGGACUCUCUACUAAAGUAGGCCGAAGAGCAGCUAUGCACAUCACAGGGCCCACAAUCGUUACAGUGCCCCUGCAUAUCACCUCUAACCUGGCGUUAGGUGUGCUGCAAGGAGGCGGGGGCGACAGGAUCAUCCACCGCGCCAGGGAUAAAGAUGGAGGGGACAGGGUGGAAUGUAAAGAGGGAGGAGAGAAGGUGGAGAGGCAGGAAAGCGGAGAAACGGAAAGGAAGGUGGAAGAGGUUAGGAAGGUUGGUGAAGAGGACAAAAAUCACAGGGGGGGAGAAACAGACAGGGAAGGAGUCAUGGACGGAGAAGAGGAUACAGUGGCAGAUAUUGCUAGUGAGGAAAAGGUUGGAGAGAAAGAGGAGGAGGAGAAGGAAGAAGAAAAGGAAGAAGACGUGAGAGAAGAAUGGAAACUGAAGCAACGACCCAAAAGUCUGACAUCCAACGUGGAGGAAGACAAUGAUGACCAUAGGGAAGAGGACCAAGAUGUUGAUGAAAACAGUGAAUACAUGGAAAUGAAAGAAUUUCAGUCAGAGGUGACUCAUCGUGACAAUGACUGUGCGUUAGAUGCUUCUGACGUACUCAACUCUACAGAGGUGGAGGAGGACGACCACGAACUGUCUGGCUACGUUCAAGAUAGCUUUGAAUUUCUGGACCACAUGGACUGCAGUGUGCCCUAUCAGGUGAAUGAGUUCUCCGUUGAACCUCCUGGUCACUGGGAUGAUGACUAUGAAGUCAUGGAACAAGCUCAGGCUUACCAUCAUCCCGCAGAGCUACAGAAACAACUUCAGCCAGACCCCGAAACACACACUCAGAGUCAAACUCAAUUAAAUUCACACAGGCCGCUCAGCCUCGACAUAGACAGCCGACACGCUAAAUCCCUCAGUUUGCCUUAUAUGACCUCACCUAUCCAUGGACCGGAGGAGUCCGAAGAGUCUGAAGAGGAGUACUCUGAUGAUCAUGAGUACAAUAGUGAGGAAGAUGAGCACAUGUUUAUGAAAAGCCUUCCUGCCGAUUUCAUUUUAAACGAUUAUGAAACACACAGUUGCACUCUUGAUGAAGUUCCUGUAGAUCAGUCAAAAAGAGAAUCUGAGUCGUUGCACCCUGAAUAUUCUGCCUGUGAAGAAACAACUGCUGGAGAUCAGGAGCAGGGAGAAAUUAAAGAUGAAGAAGAAGGUGAGGGAGAUAAAGAUGGACAGGAGAGAGAGGAGGUAACGAAGAAGGAAGAGGAAGAUACAGUUCACCAGGGACGAGACCAACCAGAGAGAAAUAUGCAAAGCAGAGCGACAGAGGUAGAUCUCAGUGCCACGGAGGAUGCUUGGUGUGAUGAAGUAAAACUUCCCCCUUCAGAGGCAUCAACACACUGCUGCGUGGAGUUUCCACUGCCAAGGAUUGAAGACACUGAUGAAUCGAGCACUAUGGCUGACACGAAGGCUGACGAAGAGAAUGAAGUGGUUGAUAAUCUUCACAGUGAUUAUCCACCUUGUGACACAGAUUCUUGUGAUACACAGAAAGAAACUGCUGACGUUUCAGCAGCGUCCAGAGACUUUUCUGAAAGGGCAACAGAACAGUUUAAUUCAUGUGUUAUAGGGGGAAAGAAAGAGGGAGAGGGCGAUGAUGGAGAGGACAGGAAGAUAGAUAAGGAGAUAGAGGACAUAUGUCGAGAAAGAGAAAGAAAGGAAAGCAGAUCUGAGACAACUGUGGAUAUAGAAAUGGCUCUGGAAAUAAAACAAAGUGAUGAGGGCAUGUACGAAGAGCCCACAGGGGGAGACAGUGAAGAAAUAGCUGACAAAAAACAUGAGGAAAAGAUGGAGGAAAAUGGCAAACAGCAGCACAAGGCACUUUGUAAAACAAGCUGCAAAAUUUGGGAUGAACUUGAGGAUGUUAUAUGUGAAGUGAUCGAGGAUGAAGAAAGUAAGCAGGGUGAAAGGAAGGGUGUUAGAGACGGUGUUGAGGAGGGAGCUGUUGUAGAGGAUGUAGACCAGAUAGCAAUGGUUUUUGGGGAGAAAAUGGCGAAGGUUGAGGAAAAAGUGAUUAACAAAACUGAAGAUAAAAUAGAGGUUGUGGAGGAACCGAGGGAGACAGCUAAAGAAAAGCACAAGGAUGCAGAGACGCAGCAAGAGUUUGAGGAAAAAGAGACUUACUUACCAAAGAGAAGUGAAUUAGGAAAAGAAAUCCAAGAGAAGCAUGUAGGCAAAGAAGAAGCACAAGAUCAUGACAGGGAAGAAGUGGAACAUAAAGAGAACAAUGACAAAGACAAAGCUAAUGAGCAACUUACAUUCCCGCCAAGCAUAGAUAAAAAGGAUAAACGACAAAAAGAGGUCAAGUCAAAUAUUAGAGAAUCAAAAGAGGGCUGGAAGUGUGAGGAGAGCCAGGGAGGAGUUGGAAGGAAGCUGGUCAUCUCCAAACAGUCUCCAAUUAAAAUUUACCAAGUAAAAGCGGUGCCGGUGGUGCCACCGAAGCCGCAGCACUGCAAAAUGACCGCCCUGACCAUCCGGCAGCAGCAGCAAGAACGAGAGAGGAGAGACGCCGCUUGCAUGCUGAAAGUCCCAACAGAAGGAGAACAGGGGAAAGAUGGAGACUUGGAGCAUGAGGGCAAGGGGAAAAAGGAGCUGCUCAGGGUAGGGGAGAAAGAUAGGGAGAGGAGGAGGGACGGGGAUGAAGGUGCCACGAGGGACACGGCUAGAAACAGUCCCCUCAGCUUGUGUUUCGAUGAGGCGGUUGCCAUGGUAACCAUGAGGCGAGAAAAGGAGAAAGAGUGUGAGAAGGAGAAAGAGAGGCAGAGGGAUUGGGGAAGUGAAGUGCAGUGAGGUGUUUUUGUCGAUACACUGAUUUAAACUGAUUUACUGUACAAACUAUUUUUCUACAUGUAGCAUAAAGGGAUGCAUUUUUUAGUAAACUGGUUGAGGAUUUUCUUUCAUUAUCAAAUGCAUGUAUAACAACAGUAUUGCAAAUCUAAUGUUGCUCAAGAUGUUUAGAUGUUUCUCUGCCAUGCACAUACCAUGUGCAAUCAAGAAACUGUUAAAUGGCUGGAAUUUAGCUGCCGGCGCGGCAGCUAUAUAAAACCUCAGAAGCUGUGGGGUUGGGAUUAGAGGUGAAGUGCUGCUCCAACAUGUUGUGGAUGAAAUAUUAAGACAAAAAAUCAGGACAAAUUUCUGUUGCUUAAGAAAAAAAAAAAAUUAAACCCAGACGUGUCAUAACCUCCCGCUAUUCUGGAUCUGUAGGCUGUACAGAUUAAGAUACAUUAAUCAAGUCUUGUCCGAGUAAAUACACUGAAACUUGUACAAACCCCAGAAUCUUAACAGUAGUUUGAAAAGCAUCGUUCAGUGAUUAUGUGUGUAUAACUCAAUUUUGAUUAAAAGUAAAAAGAUGAGCCUCAAAUCCAGCUCACUCCCCUGUAUGCUGGAUGUCUAAUUAUCUAAUAAAUUGUAAUUCUAUACAGUAUAUGUAUAUAUACAGUAUAUGUAUAAACAAAAGCUUGGAAGUUCUUUAACUAAAUGGUAGAUUUGAAGAAGCAGGUUUGAUGAAUGGAAUGUAUAAUUUAGGGUAAAUAUAAUGCCUGCCGAAGUCACUGUUUUACAGAAUUAUGUGAAUAAAAUUAUAU